CACUCCUCACAUAAUAAUACAUUUCUUCCAACUUUUCACAAUUCACAUCCCUUUUUCCCAUUCCCAAAUACAUACAUACAAACGUGAUGCAACUGCAAAAAUAUAUCAAAACGAGAUUCCACAAUUAGCGAGGUACUAGUCAAAGAGCGUCAUGGUGAUGGUGUGACCCCAAAAUGAUGAAAAUGAGGAAAUGGGAGAAGAAAAAUUGAAGAACACAAGAUGUGUCUUCUUCUUUUAAGACAUUAAGACCAUCAACAAGAGAAACAAUUAUAAAUUUAUAUAUAGAGAGAGGGAUAUAUAGAGAAGACAGAGAUUUAUCGAUUAUUUGUUUUUGCAAUAAUCCCUUGAGUGAAUAAUGCCAGUCCCUCUUGCACCAUAUCCAACAACUCCGGCGCCGCCACUGGCUCCGGCGUACACUCCUCCGCCUCCUGCAAAUGGUAGUACAGGUGGACAGAGCCAGUUAGUGUGUUCAGGUUGCAGAAACCUUCUGAUGUAUCCCGUCGGAGCAACCUCUGUCUGUUGUGCCGUCUGUAACGCGGUCACGGCCGUUCCUCCGCCAGGAACGGAGAUGGCUCAGUUAGUGUGUGGAGGAUGCCAUACACUUUUAAUGUACAUUCGAGGAGCUACAAGUGUUCAAUGUUCUUGUUGUCACACCGUUAAUCUUGCCCUCGAAGCGAAUCAGGUGGCGCAUGUGAACUGCGGAAGCUGCAAGAUGCUACUAAUGUAUCAAUAUGGAGCAAGAUCUGUGAAAUGUGCCGUUUGUAGCUUUAUCACGUCUGUUGGGGUAAUAUUAGUCCUCUUCAUAAAAAGGGAAAAAAACCGAUUUUAAAACCUUUGCAAAUAACUAACAAAAUGAUUUGCAUUUGUUUACAUUAGGAUGCUUCUUUAUAUAAUGUUUUUUUUUGGUGGCUGGGUUUUCAUAAUGCUUUGUAGGGUUCGACGAGCACGACUGAUCAGAAGUUAAACAAUUAAAAGUUGGUAUGGAUCGUUUUUAUAUAUUGAAUUGUGAGCAAUAUAAAAGAAGAACCAAACCCUUUUUCCCCUCCUCGAAGUAACUUGAAAUUUGUAAUUCGUCGAAAUUUCUGACUUUGGUAUCUUUGUCCGUUUGUAUAGAGUUGUCUCUCUUCAAUGUUUCUGUUUAAAUUAUUUCUUCUUCCUUUUGUUCUUUUUCUUUAUUUAGAGAAGAAGUUGAUUCACCAGUUUGUAAGAGUGAUUCAGGAAUAAAAGCUAAGCUUUUAAUAGAUGAUAUUUCAGUUAA